ACACAGCAAGCAUGCAUGUAAACCACACACUUGCCACUCCGGCUGCCUCAGCGCUGCAGAGCCCCUCUCCCCUGCCUGUCCUCGGAUCCCGGGUGCACACUGGAGGGAAGUAAAACCUACCCAGACAGGAACUGAAGCAGUUGGUGAGCUUUUCUGGUGCUCUGCACAGAUGCUGGGGCACUAAGCAAACAGCCGUCAGUUUCUGGAGCUGUUCUGAGUCCCGUGGAGUCUCCAUUGGAGCCAUUUUGUCGUCCAGGCAUCCCGAUGUUGGUGGAUGGCCCAUCUGAGUGGCUAGCCCUGCGCUUCUUGCUGUUGGCUGUGGCAAUGUCUUUCUUCCGCUCAGCUCUAUCCAUAGAUGAGGCGCAUCUGUUGUUGAAAGAAAAAAUGAUGCGGCUCGGGGGGCCGCUGGUGCUGACCACCAAGGAGGAGCAGGCCAACGAGAGGCUCAUGACGCUCAAAAUCGCUGAGAUGAAGGAGGCCAUGAAGACCCUGAUAUUCCCACCCAGCAUGCACUUUUUCCAGGCUAAGCAUCUCAUUGAGAGAAGUCAAGUGUUUAAUAUUCUAAAGAUGAUGCCAAAAGGGGCUGCCUUGCACCUCCAUGACACUGGCAUCGUGACUAUGGACUGGCUGGUGAGGAAUGUCACCUACAGGCCUCACUGCCACAUCUGUUUCACCUCGAAGGGGAUCAUGCAGUUUAGAUUUGCUCACCCAACUCCCCGUACAUCAGAAAAAUGUUCCAAGUGGAUCCUGCUGGAGGAUUAUCGGAAGCGGGUGCAGAACGUCACUGAGUUUGACGACAGCUUGCUGAGGAAUUUCACUCUGGUGACCCAGCACCCGGAGGUGAUUUACACAAACCAAAAUGUUGUCUGGUCGAAAUUUCAAACCAUCUUCUUCACCAUCUCUGGUCUCAUCCGUUAUGCACCAGUGUUCAGAGACUAUGUCUUCCGGAGCAUGCAGGAGUUCUACGAGGACAACGUGCUCUACAUGGAGAUCAGAGCCAGGCUGCUGCCGGUGUAUGAGCUCAGUGGAGAGCACCACGACGAAGAGUGGUCAGUGAAGACUUACCAGGAAGUAGCUCAGAAGUUUGUGGAAACUCACCCUGAGUUUAUUGGAAUCAAAAUCAUUUAUUCAGAUGACAGAUCCAAAGACGUGACUGUCAUCGCAGAAUCCAUCCGAACGGCCAUGGGGCUCCGAACCAAGUUCCCCACGGUGGUGGCAGGGUUUGAUCUGGUGGGGCAUGAGGACACUGGCCACUCCUUGCACUACUACAAGGAAGCUCUGAUGAUCCCCGCCAGGGAUGGCGGUAAGCUGCCUUACUUCUUCCACGCCGGCGAGACAGAUUGGCAGGGCACUUCCAUAGACAAGAACAUUCUGGAUGCUCUGAUGCUGAACACUACCAGAAUCGGCCAUGGAUUUGCUUUGAGUAAACACCCCGCAGCCAGGGCUUACUCCUGGGAAAAGGACAUCCCCAUAGAAGUCUGUCCCAUCUCUAACCAGGUGCUAAAACUGGUGUCUGACUUGAGGAACCACCCUGUAGCCGCUCUGAUGGCCAUUGGGCACCCCAUGGUAAUCAGCUCUGAUGAUCCAGCCAUGUUUGGUGCCAAAGGCUUGUCGUACGAUUUCUAUGAAGCCUUCAUGGGCAUUGGGGGGAUGAAGGCUGACCUGAGGACCCUCAAACAGCUGGCCAUGAACUCUAUCAGGUACAGCACCCUGUUGGAGACGGAGAAAAAUACUUUCAUGGAAAUCUGGAAGAAGAGAUGGGAUAAGUUCAUAGCGGAUGUGGCUACAAAGUGAGGAGAAGCUAGCCAGCCCUCCACAAGCUGUCUUCUCACACCAGCUGUCACUGCCUCUCACUCGUUCUUGAAUCAGCUCCAUGUCCCCACCAAAUCAACGGCCUCUGUGUGGAGCGACGCUGUCAGAAGCACUUGGCUGGCUGACCAAAGUCAUCCUCUGGAAAUAUUCUCUCUCAAUCACAGUGACAUUGACCCUCUUGGUUUUCUCCUCUCUCUGGCCAUUUCUUCCAGUUUCCCUAUUUCAGAGUCUCCUCCUCUCUCUGAUCUCUGUGCUGUUUCCUCAGGACUCAGUCCUGGGCUCUCUUCUAUUCUGGUCUCUUUAUUUUUUUAUUUUUUAAAUUUUUUUGAGAUGGAGUUUUGCUCUUGUUGCCCAGGCUGGAGUGCAGUGGCACGAUCUCGGCUCAGUGCAACCUCCGCCUCCCGGGUUCAGGCAAUUCUCCUGCCUCAGCCUCCUGAGUAGCUGGGAUUACAGGCAUGUGCCACCACACCCAGCUGAUUUUUGCAUUUUUAGUAGAG